AUGGAAGGCGACGCCUUCGACCGCCAGGAGAUCGUGGCCGAGAUCGCGCCGGCCCCUGCCGGGGAGGCUGGACAGCCACCGACAUCGAGGGUGCGAGCUUGGGGGCCUUCGACAGUGUGGUCUGCUGCUACGACUACUUCCUGCGCGGCACCCGCAAGGCGGCGGUCCGCUGCCUGCUGGAGGCGGCGCUGCCAGCGGCCGCGCCCGUCAUGCGCUCCGUCGCGGGAGAGCGGUGGACUGCUGCGCCUUCGCGCUGGUCGCGGCGGUGCCCGGGGCCGAGCGCGUGCCCUUCGACGCGGCUCUGGUGGAGGGCGUGCCGGAGGUGGCGCUGGCUGUACGGAGAACCCCGCCGCGGGGCACGCGGCGCGCGGGCUUCCCGGCCACGAAACCUGGACCCUGGUGGCCACGCCACAGACCGACGAGGUCCGCCCCAACGCGAAGACCUGGUGGGACAAGGGCAAGACGUCGCAGGAGCCAUGCUGA